AUGAUUACACUGCUCCUAUUCAUCCUGGUGAGAUUAUCCCCAGAUAAACCUUCCCCAUGUUGGCAGUCUCAGUAUCACAGGUUCCAUUGUAUUGUGCUGAACUACAGUAGAUUGGUUUCCAUAAUGGCUAUCACCAUGCCUAAGAAGUUUGUCUUUCUGCUGGUUUUUAAUUUGACUCUGACUGAAAUUAUUUUAAGUGGAAAUGUGUUAAUUUGGCCAACAGAUGGUAGCCAUUGGUUAAAUAUUAAGAUCAUUCUAGAAGAGUUAACUCAAAGAAAUCACAAUGUGACUGUACUGGCUUCAUCAGCAACUUUAUUCAUCAACUCCAAUCCUGAUUCUCCUGUGAAUUUUGAGGUGAUACCUGUUUCCUUCACAAAGAGUAAUAUAGAUUCCUUAAUUGAACAUAUGGUUAUGCUGUGGACAGAUCAUAGACCAACUCCUCUCACACUCUGGACUUUCUACAAAGAACUAGGAAAACUCCUAGAUACUUUUUUUCAAAUUAACAUACAAAUCUGUGAUGGAGUAUUAAAUAACCCCAAGUUAAUGUCAAGACUUCAGAAAGGUAGUUUUGAUGUGCUAGUAGCCGACCCAGUAACAAUCUGUGGGGACCUUGUUGCUCUGAAAUUAGGAAUUCCAUUUAUGUACACAUUGAGGUUCUCUCCAGCCUCAACAGUAGAGAGACACUGUGGGAAAAUCCCCGCACCUGCCUCCUAUGUACCCGCAGCCUUGUCAGAGCUCACUGACCAGAUGACCUUUGGUGAAAGGGUUAAAAAUGCCAUAUCUUAUCCUCUGCAAGACUAUAUAUUUCAGUCCUACUGGGGAGAAUGGAAUGUGUACUACAGCAAAGUUCUAGUUGUGCUUCAGUUCUGUGGGGAAAAUAAACCAGAAAACCAGUAUGAUUAA